AUGAGUGCCGGGUGCGGUGCGCAGCAGGCACAGCAGGCACAGCAGGCACAGCGCUCCGCCGGGCAGCAAAGCACCGAUACCAAGCACUAUCCGUUCUGGCUUGGCGGUGUUGCAGCGAGUAUUGCGGUGUGCUUUACGCACCCGCUUGAUUUAGUGAAGCUGCGCAUGCAAAAUUCGCCGCAAAAGACGACGGUAUUUGCGCUGCUGCGCGAUACGCUACAAAAAGAAGGGGUGCGGGGACUGUAUAUCGGCCUCUCGGCAAGUAUAUGCCGACAAAUGACGUAUAGUCUGACAAGAUUUGCCGCGUACGAAGAGAUCAAAGGGUACAUGCUCCGCCAGGGCACCUACGGCCCCGUCACGAUAUGGCAGACGAUUGGUGCUGCAGGGCUCGCUGGCGUAGCCGGCGGCAUUGCAGGGAAUCCUGCCGACGUCGUGCUUGUCCGCAUGACCAGCGAUAUGUACCGCCCACCAGAUCAGCAGUUUCGCUACACAGGCGCACUCGACGGUGUCGUGCGGAUUGUCCGCGAAGAGAGUGUAAAGACUCUGUUUCGUGGCAUCACACCGAACGUCGCGCGAGCAAUGCUUAUGAACUCGUCGCAGCUCGCAUCGUACGACUUUUUCAAGGAACUGCUCAAAAGCUCGGGUUGGUUCGUGCAGGGGGGGCUGCCACACUAUUUGUGCUCUUCACUCCUCGCCGGUACGGUCGCCACGACCAUUUGUUCGCCAGCAGACGUGAUCCGUGCGCGAAUGAUGAACGCGCGCAGAAAUUCCAACUGGCUGCAUAAUCUUGGCAUGUCUGUGCGCCAGGAAGGAUCUUUGUUCCUCUUCCGCGGCUGGCUGCCUUCCUGGAUGCGUCUCGCGCCACAGACGGUGAUCUUACUGACAGUCCUGGAAGAGUUGCGCGCGGCUGUAGAUUAUGUACGCAAAUGA